AAGGAGAUACUGUCUGUGACUGCAAGACUUUUUCAACCCUUGGACUAUCUUGCAAAAUUCAGAUUUUCAUUUGUUAAAAGGCUGGUCACUUUAUAAACAUGCCAGACGAAGCUGGCCAUUUACCCUUUUACUAUGGCAGCAUAUCCCGUGCUGAUGCAGAAGAGUUUCUCAAGAUGGCUGGAAUGAUUGAUGGUCUUUUCCUGCUUAGGCAAUGUUUACGAACUCUUGGUGGCUAUGUUGUCUCCAUGGUCUUCAAUCUACAGUUUUACCAUUAUCCUGUGGAGCGACAGCUAAAUGGCACUUAUGCUGUAUUUGGAGGAAAGCCUCAUUGUGGGCCAGCUGAACUUUGUGAGUACUACUCCAAAGAUGCAGAUGGGUUGUGCAGUGUCCUCCGGCGACCUUGCAAUCGGCCAAGUGGGGUAGAAUGCAAGCCUGGAGUUUUUGAUAACAUUCGAGAUAACAUGAUGAGAGAAUAUGUGAGACAAACUUGGAAUCUAGAGGGAGAGGCGCUAGAACAAGCAAUUAUAAGCCAGGCUCCACAAGUGGAGAAGCUCAUUGCUACCACUGCCCAUGAACAGAUGGCAUGGUACCAUGGAAACCUAAACAGAAAUGAAGCAGAGAGAAAGCUGUACUUAGGAGCACAACCAGAUGGUAAAUUUCUGGUAAGGAAGAGACCGGAAGCAGACAACUUUGCCCUUUCAGUAAUCUAUGGGAAAACAGUCUACCAUUAUAAGAUUGAGCAUGACAAAUCUGGGAGAUAUGGAAUCCCUGAAGGAACCAAGUUUGACACUUUAUGGCAGCUGGUUGAAUACCUGAAACUUAAGCCUGAUGGAGUCAUAACUGUGUUAAGAGAGAUUUGUUCCAAUGGUAGCACAUCAAUUGGCAUUUGUGUUGCACCACCUUCACUUCCAAAAGCUAGACCAUCAGCAGCUAAUUUUGACGGCUACACUCCUGAACCUUUUUUUGCUGGAGAAAAGCCACGAGUUUUGCCCAUGGACACCAGUGUUUAUGACAGCCCAUACAGUGAUCCAGAGGAAAUAAAAGACCGUAAAGUCUUCCUCAAGAGAGAUAUGCUUCUCAUAGAUGAAGUUGAUCUGGGUGCUGGAAAUUUUGGCUGUGUUAAGAAAGGAGUCUACAAGAUGAAAAGGCGUCAAAUUGAUGUGGCUAUAAAGAUGCUGAAGCUACAGAGUGAUAGUGAGAAGGCAAUAAGAGAUGAAAUGAUGAAGGAAGCAGAAAUUAUGCACCAACUGGACAAUCCAUACAUAGUCAGAAUGAUUGGCUUGUGCGAGGCAGAGUGCCUUAUGUUGGUUAUGGAAAUUGCAUCAGCUGGACCCCUCAACAAGUUUCUGCCAUCUAAGAAGGACGAGGUGUCUAUCAGUAAUAUUGCAGAGUUAAUGCAUCAAGUGUCUUUGGGGAUGAAAUAUCUAGAGGAACAUAAUUUUGUGCAUCGUGACUUAGCUGCUCGCAAUGUCCUUCUUGUAAACCAACAUUAUGCAAAAAUAAGUGACUUUGGUCUCUCUAAGGCACUUGCAGUGGAUAACAACUACUACACGGCUAAGUCGGGUGGCAAAUGGCCUUUGAAAUGGUAUGCUCCAGAGUGCAUACAUUACCAUAAGUUUUCCAGUCGUAGUGAUGUAUGGAGCUUUGGUGUAACCAUGUGGGAAGCAUUCAGCUAUGGACAGAAACCCUACAAGAAAUUAAAAGGCAAUGAAGUAAUUCAUUUUAUUGAUAAGAAUGAGCGCCUGCCAUGCCCCGCACAAUGUCCUAAAGAAAUGUAUGAGCUCAUGUUGGAAUGCUGGACCUACAAGAUGGAGGAUCGCCCAAAUUUUGAGACUGUGGAAAACAAAAUGAGAAAAUAUUAUUACAGUGUUGCUAACAAGACCGAAGAUCCGACUUCUCCUUCACCUAAAGAGAAGACAGGCUGAAAUGAUCCAAAUACCUGUUUGGAGGGCAAUGGGGAAAAAAGCCCUUUGCAGCAAAAUAAAGAAACUUUUAGCGGACACUUCAAGUAUCAUACUGUAAAUAUAAAUAAUUUCCAUAUAUGAAGAUAUACAGUAUAUUCCCUUUUGUUGUACUAUCUAAACUCAAGCAAUGCCAUUCAGGAAUAUGUCUAAAAGGCCAUAUGAAUAAAGAUGGAAAGGCCUGGAGAAAAAAAUACUGAAAAAUUGGGGGGGGGGGGGGGGAAUGGUUCCCCCUUUUAUUUUAUUUUUUAAAGCCAUUUUUUGUUUUUUUCUGGAAUUUUUUUUAAAGGAAAGGAGUGUGGAAUAUGUUCUUUUACAAUGAUAAAUGAUAUAUCUAUGACAUGGUAUUCAAAUUAUAUAACAUGAAGACCGUAUUGAAAGAUUCCUGAGACUUUAUGUAAAGUCUUAAAUUAUUGCAAGUUCUGGAAGUUCAAGUAACUCUGUAUUUCUCAAUGUAGUCCUCAAACAAGAGAAAUAUGCAUUUUUGCCAAUAGGGGCACUGCAGGGGAAAUGCUCCAGUUUAGUUUGCCUACAGUUGGGCAAACGGUACCUCCUAUAGUUGGGUGAUUGGCAUACAGUAGAUGAUAGUUUCUGUCCUCACAGGCCCUAAUUGACAGGUCAGGCCCCGUACACACGACCA